AUGUCAGAUGAAGAGGAGGAAGAUCCCGAAGAUGACUUCCAAGAAGUUGAAGGAAUGCCUGGUCCUCCUGACCCUAAACCAGAUCUCGAAAAUCCAUUAUAUUCACCUACUCAUGUUUCAGUUUAUUUCACUAAUGACAAUCCAUUAGUCAACAAAAAUAAAUUUGAAGAAAUUGAUUUAUCUCCAGUAAAUGAACAAUACGCUACAACCAGUAAUUGA